UCGAGUCGACUCGAGUCCGAGUCAUGACUCGGACUCGCCCAGCCCUGAUAUAUAGAUUGUAUUAAAUGGGUUAAACGUGAUAGUUAUUUACCUGUUGGUAGUCAUGAUCUUAAAGCUGUAACAAAAGCUAAAUUACAUUAUAAUUCAAUUGAAAUUAAUCCAGAAGAUAUGCGUCGUUUAGCUGUUGAACAAUCACAAACAUUAUCAAAUUAUUCUGUAUCAGUUGCUGUAGCCACAUAUUGUUUAUAUAUGAAAUAUGUUCAUACAUUUAUUUUUACACUUAGAACAAUUAUUCCAAUGAGACCAUUUUAG